CACAAACACCUUCCUGUUCAAACAGUGAGCAAAGGAAGACCAUAACCAAAGUCCACUACAGAGGGAACAGAGCCCUGCCAUCAUCAUGCCUGGUCCAGUCAGCAUGGAGCUGUCCCCCCCUCCCUCAGGUCUAGAAGCAGAAUAUGAGACACUUUUUACUGCAGACUCCCUCCUCUUCCUCCAUGAGCUGGUCUCCACAUUUAAUGAGGAGGUGGAUCAGGUCCUGCGGUUACGAGUGUCCAGAAAGGCCCAUUUGGACCUUUCAGGUGACCUGCCGAGCUUUCUGGAAAAUACCAGCCAUAUCAGGACAGACCCGACCUGGAGGGUGCUCCCUGUCCCCCCGAGGCUCCAGAGAAGACAUGUGGACAUUGGGGACUUGGCUCCCUGCGAUACGCAGCGCUUUAUUAAAGCUCUCCAGUCACCAGCACAAGGCAUACAGGUUGACUUUGACGACGGGAACUGCCCGACAUAUCACAACCAGAUCAAAGGCAUUCAUAACAUUUUGAAGGCGGUUUACAACCAGUUCCCCAAUGUUCCACCCAUAUCUCAGGCUCCGGUGCUGAUGCUUCGUCCUCGCGCCUGGAACAUGCUGGAGCACAACAUGAUGGUAGAGGGGAGGGAGGUUCCUGGUCCUCUCUUUGACUUUGGACUCCUCAUGUUUCACUGUGGACAGACACUUUCUGCAAACCAGAGUGGACCCUUUUUCUACCUCUCAAAAGUGGAGAGCUUCAUGGAGGCCAGACUAUGGAACAAGAUAUUUGUCUGGUGUCAACAGAAGCUGGGCCUUCCACUGGGCAGCAUCAAGGCGACAGUGCUGAUUGAAAACGUUUUAGCAGCGUUUGAGAUGGAGGAGAUUCUCUACGAGCUGCGAGAGCAUUCAGCGGGACUCAACUGUGGCAUCUGGGAUUAUUCAGCCUCCUUUGUCAACAAGUUUGGCCACCGCCAGGCCUUCCUGCUGCCCGACCGCAGUAAAUAUGUCAACAUGGAGAAGCGUUUCCUGCGCAGCUACAUGGAGCUGCUGGUUCAGACGUGUCAUCGGAGGGGAGCGCUGGCCACAGGAGGCAUGGCUGCCCCGCUGCUGCCUCCGGACCCACUCAGUGACUCCCAUAGGAGAGUGCUGGCUGCUGUCAGCAGACUGAAGCUGCUGGAGAUCCAGGCAGGUGUGGACGGCUUCAUGGUGUAUGAUCUGAGCUUGAUCGACCCCAUGCAGAAACUCUUCCGGCUGAACACUGAAGGUGAUAACCAGCUUAACCAGCUUCGCCAUGACGUCACCGUGACUCCGGAUGACCUACUGUCCAUGCCUUCGGGAGGAGUCACUCUUUAUGGUUUGAAGUACAACAUUGCAGUUGGUGUCCUCUUUAUUAAUGCUUGGCUAUCAGGUGAAGGCCACUUUUUCUACAGAGGCCAGGUGGAAGAUUCAGCCACAGCCGAGAUUUCUAGAUCACAGGUGUGGCAGUGGAUCUGUCAUCAGACUCGUCUGGAGGACGACGGCCGGGUAGUGAGCCGGCGGCUGGUGACGGAGCUCACCGAGCAGCUACUAGUGGAGCUCAGUGCUCUCCGUCCCUCUGGGAGGGAUAAACAGAGGCUACUCACAGCAGCAGACAUGUUCCUGGAGGUGGUUUUGAAGAGAGAUUUCCCAGAGUUCAUCACCACCUACUUGAAUCAGGAGCACACCUUCCUCAGCUCCCAGAGCAGUGGACAGACGGAGGCUCUGGCCACAGACAUGCCCCGGCCCAAACUGUGACGGUCACGGCAGUUGAAUAAAAAAGCUUGCCUUGCUUUAUAUCUGAAGAAUUAAAUGCAUGCCACCCUGCUAA